AUGGAGGUAGAGCUCCCUCGUCCCACCGCAAUUGACAACAUUUUCGUAUACCUCCAAAGACACUACAAGUACCUACGUGGUUGCCAAGUACAAUCAAGACGGUGGGUGGGAGCCCUGGCUACAAAGUGA